UCAAGUGUUUCUUUAGUUCUUUACCCGCGCGUUCAGCGUGAAUUCGAAGAUGGCAGGUGAUGGUGUUGUUGACGAACCUAUGGAGACUGAGGUUUUGCCGUCCACGAGCAACGGUGAUCCGAAAAUCAGGGAGAGAGACGGCAAAUCAGCAAAUUUGCCGUGGAUUGAAAAGUAUCGGCCUCAAGUAUUUUCCGACAUUGUUGGCAACGAAGACACUGUGUCUAGAUUAGCUGUUUUUGCUCAGCAUGGAAAUACUCCAAAUAUCAUCAUCGCUGGCCCGCCUGGAGUGGGCAAAACUACCACAAUUUUAUGUCUUGCUCGGACUUUAUUGGGACCAGCGUUCAAAGAAGCCGUACUUGAACUGAACGCCUCAAACGAGAGAGGGAUUGAUGUAGUUAGAAAUAAAAUCAAAAUGUUUGCUCAGAAAAAGGUGAAUCUUCCCAAAGGAAAGCACAAGAUCAUUAUUUUAGAUGAAGCUGACAGCAUGACUGACGGUGCGCAACAGGCGUUACGCCGGACGAUGGAAAUUUACAGUCACACAACCAGAUUUGCUCUCGCAUGCAACAAUACGGAGGAGAUUAUCGAACCUAUACAGUCGCGCUGUGCUAUGUUAAGAUACGGAAAGUUAACGGACGCCCAAGUCUUGGCCAAAGUUCUCGAAGUCUGCGAAAAAGAGAAUAUUUCCUACACAGACGAUGGUAUGGAAGCGAUAGUAUUUACGGCACAGGGAGACAUGAGACAAGCCCUGAACAAUCUGCAGUCUACAUACAACGGAUUUAAUCAUGUAAACGCGGAAAAUGUAUUUAAAGUCUGCGACGAGCCGCAUCCAUUAAUUGUCAAAGAGAUGCUGGAUGAUUGUGUGAAGGGCGAAGUUUCUAAAGCAUGCACGGUAAUGGAUCAUUUCUGGAAAAUGGGGUAUUCUGCUGAAGAUAUAGUCAGUAACGUGUUCAAAGUUUGUAAAAAUCACACCAUGGAUGAAAAGUUGAAACUGAAAUUUAUCAAGGAAAUUGGAUUAACACAUAUGGGAGUGGUAGAAGGUAUCAACAGUUUGUUACAGUUACACGCUUUAGUGGCAAGACUUUGCCGCACAUGUGCGUCAAAAUAAAAUUCUGUAAAAUGCCCAUAUUACCCUCUGUUGCCCUUUAAUAAAUAUAUUUAUACAUUUUCUCUCUACAUGUA